AUGCCUCCGCUACCGGGUUUCUCAGAUAACCCCCUCGUCACUCGCGACGACGUGAUCCACGCCGCCAAAUCCCUCUUGCGGCCCCUAACAACCUACUUCUCACCAUGCAAAGCUCGAAUCCGACUCCCCGUCUCGACGGGCACACACUUUGACGAAACCGCCGCCCAGCUCGAAGGCUUCGCCCGUCCACUAUGGGCCAUCGCGCCCCUCCUCCUCGGCGGUGACGUCGACCCGCCGCUCUACGACGCCUGGAUCGAAGGCUUCGCCGCCGGCACGGACCCGCACCACCCGGAGUACUGGGGCGACAUCAAAGACAUGGACCAGCGCAUGGUAGAAGCAGAGAUGCUCGCCUUUGCCCUGCUCGCCACCCCGCGCGAUAAGCUCUGGGAGCGCCUCGCCGACUCCACGCAGACCAACCUCGUGUCCUGGUUCAUGCGCAUGCAGCGCAAGGAGAUGCCGCCGAUCAACUGGCUCUGGUUCCGCGUCUUCGUGAGCCUCGCCCUCAUCAAGGUCUGCGGCGUGCCUGAGGCUGAGAUCCGCGCCCAGCUUGACGACGACAUGCGCGCCCUCGAUUCCUUUUACCUCACGGACGGAUGGUCUAGCGAUGGUAUCUGGCGCCACCCGGACGAUGACGAAAAGGAGUAUGAGAUUCUGCGGGAGACGGGCAUCGCUGGAAGGCUCCCCACCGGCCGCAGCGCCGACUUUUACUCGGGGAGCUUCGCGAUCCAGUUCAGCCAGUUGCUCUAUGUGCGCUUCGCUGCCGAUAUUGACCCAGACCGGGCUGAAAGAUACCGCGUGCAAGCCCGCAGCUUUUCCCUCGGCUUCUCCCGUUAUUUUGGCGCUGACGGCGCCGUCAUCCCCUUUGGCCGGUCCCUGACGUAUCGGUUCGCGUGCGGAGCCUUUUGGGCGGCUCUCGGGUUCGCCGAAGUGUGGGACCUCGGCGGGAGCUUGGCCGAGCCUGGUGCCGCCAAAGGGUAUCUGUUACGCCACCUUAGGUGGUGGGCGAAGCAUUCGGAGGACAUAUUUUAUGGCGACGGGACGUUGAACUUUGGCUGGCAGUACCCGUAA